AUGGUGGUGUGUGAGUGGUCAAAGCUGACUUUGUCACUGUUGUAUAUCAAGUCUGAUGUUCUCGGAUAUUUUAGUGUUCUUGCACCGCCACUUCUUCAGCCUCUGUUACGAAACUGGGCCAAGGGCCAACGCCUCGCUUUUCUUGAAAAUUUUAUUAGUGACUACAAGGAAGCCUUGCUCACCAAAAAAAGUCCUUCAGUCCUCGAUUCCAUAAUCAAUCAAUGGUUUGCGCAAUUUCACUGGACUAUCCCCCUUUCCGCUGUCGAUACCACAACGGCAACCAUCCUACCCAUCGAUGCUCAGGGUCAUGAAAUUCUGACGUCAGCGGAUUCCAUUCUCAAAGGGCGAGUAAUCGAACGUGCACAUAAUUCUCUUUAUCACUGGUACGAGUACUGGUGCAAACGAACAACAGUGCUUCCAUGCAUUUGUAAAGGCGACAAGGACCCUGUUUCCGCACUGGUCAAGCAACUUCUUGGACAGAACACCUCGGCAUCAAGGCGCACCGCCAGUUGGGAGGUGUGGGGAAAAGAACACUUCCCCUCGUUUAAGGACGAAUUCGAGGCCGAAUUUGCCGCCAGUGGUCGACCUAAAUCGCAACGUGCGACCGCCCGGAACGACUUCAAGUUAUCGCGGUGGAAGGAGCUCGAUGAAGAAACUCAACGUCAGUGGGACGAAAAGGCAAAAGACUUGCAUGCGGCCAAAAAAACAUCUCGCUCAGCGACGUCCGGCUUGAUGGCCCCUGCCGAUGCUCAAGAGGUUUUAGACAAACUCCCAAAUCUGUUGGGACCUAUGAUUCAAAUCAUCGGAGAGACAAUCGGGAUGCAUAUCAGUGUCUUGAUUGGUGGCCCGGAGCCACAGAGGAAGGGUCAGCUGAAUGUGUUUGGGAUUCAUCAUGGUGAAAACAAAGCGGCGAUUCCGAAGGUUUGGGCUUUGGCGGAAAAAGACAAGUUCAAGGUGGUAAACGAAGUGUUUCUAUCUUUUCUCUCAACUUGUUACACUGCGGAGGAGCAGCGCGCGCGCGCUUUACCUGAAGACCUGACUGGCGACGGGAACGCCAUUGCUGGCCCUUCAUCCUCAGGCAUCGAUUCGUCUCAGCCAACUACCGCUAUGCCCCCAAACUCCUCGGAUGUAGCGGGUGGUAAGCGGAAGCACCGCACAGAGAAGAAGGACAAGAAGGCCAAGAAGAGUCGAACGACGCACCAGAAGCACAAGAAGAACAACAAGAGGCCAAACAAACGCCGCAAGCCGAACGUUGCCUCUGAUGAGGACGGUUCCAGUGGUGAAGACACCUCUGAUCCUUCAGAGGUGGAAAGUAGCGAGGAUGACGAGGACGAGGAGGAUGAAGAUGAAGAUGACGACGACGACAAGCCCGUCAAUCCGCGGCUCACCAAACACACGUCGAUGGAUCCAAAGCGUUGGAAAACCAAAGCCACGACAGCUGUCAACACUGAUGAUUCCAUCAGCAUCAAUGUCAAGGCAACCAACGCAGCGACAGUCCCUCCGCCGACCGCUCCCUCCCCUGUUCGCCCCAUGCCAGAAAGUCCCCCCACACCAGCAACUGCUUCUGCUCUUACUUCCCUCCCACCAGCCGCACCCUUGCCCCCCCCUCCCCUCUCGCAGCCUUCCUCCCCAGUUCUCCCCUCACCAGCAGGUCCCUCCACACUGGCCCUUGCUUCUGGUGUCACUCCGGCUGCUCCGCCGUGCACGAAGGCUCCACAAGAAGCCGUCUCGUGGCCUUCUUGGUUUGCUGAUGCCCACGCAUUCCUGUCAAGUCAGAAUCUAGGCCCCAACUUCGCAUUCCUGAUCGAACAAUUCACGGAUUUAGAGCGACGCACCGACUUUGCCCCAGGCGCAUGUUCUGCAGGCUUUAAGCCAGACAACAGGCCUGCAGAAGUCCAUUACUGGAUUUCUCGUGGGCGAGCAAUACAGCCGAAGGUCGACACGGUGGCUGAUUUUGAGAAGAGUUGGUGGAAGUGGUGGAAGGGGCUUCAGCCAGAAUGGAGGGCUGUAUCAGAUGUAGUCGGCCCUCUCAACUCCUCGCAUCGUUCGAACUUGGUGAGCGGUGCCGAUUGGUCAGUAGUAAACAAACAUGGUAGAAACGCUUUUUUUUCUGUGAUGGCGACUCUCGUCUGGUGGGGUGUAGCGCUUCCCACUCUAUCCACUGCAGAUGAAGGUUGGAUGGCGGCCAUUCAGGAUGUGGGAUGGGUGCUCACUGGUCUGUUAAGUGCCAGCUCAUCAAUGCUGAUUUCUACCAACGCCUCCCAUGUCCUUCCCCCAUCCACGUCGAUUUCUAUUGGCACCUCGCGCAAGCGCAGGCGCUAA